AUGAGACACCAAGAAGUUCCUGCUAGUGAAGCAAAUGUAUUAUAUACAAGGAUAGGACCUUCAUGUACAGGUAACAAUAUUCCAGUCAGCUCUGUGCAUCACAUGAAGGACAAACCUUGCCUCACCAAAAGAAGAGGAUGUCCCAGUGAUACUUGGACCGAGAACCAAGCUACCAGUACUCAUGUGCAAAAACAAACCAUCAGCGAUCAGUUCCACAGCUUGGGUAACAACGAAUUAAACCGCAGCGAUGAAUGCUACACAGAGACGUCAGUUAUUGCUCAGCCCAUAUUUGUUUUUGAAAAGAAAGAACGACCUUUCAAGAGGCCUGCAGAAGACCUGGUUUGCAAGGCUGAAAAUGAUUUCAUUGGUUGUUCCAGGAAACGGGCAAGGUCUUCAUCUUUUACUUUCCAAACGUCCGACUCGCAGUUCUACAUGGAUACCGCACUCUCUCAGAAAAGAGUGAGAUCAUCUUCCUGUACCAUCCUUCCGACCUUUCCUCCAUCACAGCCAGUAAAGAAUAACAUAUUCAUGACCUCAGCUCUUCUCCAAAGAAACCAUGACAUCACAAGAACAGAAAAAGGACCCUUGUCACAAAUUCAGCAAUGGACUGUCAUAAGACCUGCCAUUUUACAGCCACCACAGUCUCAGAUAUGUGAGGAAAGAAGGCAGAUGUGCACUGAAAAUACACUGGCAUCUUCCAAAACUAAAGAGAAAGCAAAUAUUCAGUUGUCUGAAGAGAACCCUCAUUGCCCAGCAGAAAACUCAGCAAGUUCUGAGACAACAGUAAGGCCAUCUAUCUCCAUGCAUCUUUGUAGCCCUAAAACAAUAGGCUUUGUUAUUUCAAAUCAUGAUUGUAUGAUGAGAUGCAGUAUAGCAAUAAACUUUCCUGAUGACAUAAAAGGCUUUAUUUAUAAAUGUGUUAAAACACUGCAACGGUCACCCAUUGCCACUAAAACACCGAAACAGUUACAAAAGAACAUUUCCAAAACAAACAAACGAAGUCAGUACACAGACAAUGAUAUGUUAAAAAUUCCAAGUUGCUUUUGUUUUACAAAAAUAAACAGGAAUGGCCCUAGCAAAAAUCUGUGCCUUUCUGUUAUGCGAAAUCAAGGCAGUUUGAGACUGAUUCUCAACACCAAACUCUGGACUCAGAUGGCAAUAGAAAGAGCAAAUCGCAAGAGUCUGUGCAUCACUGCGACAGACUUAGAAGACCAUUCUGUUAAAGUAUUUCUAAUACAGGCAAGUUCAAAAGAUACUGGGUACCUGUAUGCAGCAAUACAUCACCGUCUUGUUGCACUGCGAAGCUUUGCUGAGCAAGAAUUGGAUGCAAAUCAGGUUGACACAGAGCCAGAAACAGCCUUUCAUUCAUUAAACUGUGAUAGUGAUGAUGAGGAGGAGGAGGAGGAUGAAACAAUAACUCAAGCGAGCAGCAAUGAAUCAGAUCAUUCUAGAUGGAUCCGCAGACAGCCUGUUGUUUGCUCAUGACAACUACCUAUGAUUACAGCAAUACAGUUGGUAGUUCAUCUUGCUGAAAAUUGUAAACCAGCUCAGCAAUCCUUGGAGUAAGGAAAUCCUAUGCAUUCACAUUCUAUGAUUUUCAAGCAAAGAUUAACUUUCAGGACAACAUAAGCUUAAUACAGCAGAAAUGGACUUCAGAAGCACUUUAAGGAUUCCAAUCUUCAUUCCUUGCGCUGGAAUGGGAAUGACGGGGUGGCCUCCAGUAUUCAAGAAACAUUACAAAGCCUUCAGAUUUGGAAUUAAUCAUAUAUAGAGACAUUAAUAACGUGAUGGAUUUUAUAUCUAAUCAAGGUUCAUUCAUCAUAUUGAUGGAGAGAAUUGUUUAACCAUCAAAUAGUGAUAUUUCUAAAAGACGAUAUAUUUAUUGUUUGUUUCAGUUAUGUAAUGUCUGUCCAUAAAAAGAUGCAUAUUAUGAAAACUUUAAACAUCAUUUUAUUGGAAAGAGCCAUUGUAAUUGUUUGGUAACAUUCAAGGUCCUAUGCUGCAGUCUGUAUUCAUGCAGAACUCCUUGUGAAUGGGAGUUUCAUAUGA